ACCACAAGUGGAUGCCAUGUUGACAUCUCUGUAAGCUUCUGAGUUUCCAUCCAUUACAGGUGGUCGUCGAGUUAGUUAGAAUAUCACGUCCUCAUUCACAACCGUCAUACAAGGUGGCUGCUGGUGUUACUUAAGCUCUUGUGAGUCUUGUCAAAACUCAAAAGUACUACUCAAGCUGUUUUGGUAAUCGAAGUAGAUCAAAAUGGCGUCGGCUUUGGCCGGAGACGAUCUGGCACGGUCGACGAGCAGCCGGAGGAGCUAUACUUCACAUGGGAGCAAGCGGAGCUGGGCCUCUACAAGUUUCCGGGAAGUAUGGCAAGCCCCGCCGGACGUGUUCAACCGGAGUGGCCGGCAGGACGAGGAUGAAGAGCUCCGGUGGGCAGCCAUAGAGCGGCUUCCGACUUAUGAUAGACUGAGAAGAGGGAUGCUCCGGCAGGUACUCGACAAUGGACGAGUGGUCACUGAUGAAGUGGAUGUUACGAGGCUUGGAGUGCAAGACAAGAAGGUGUUGAUGGAGAACAUACUCAAAGUUGUGGAAGAUGAUAAUGAAAGGUUUCUUAGAAGACUUCGAGACAGAACCGACAGAGUUGGGAUUGAAAUUCCGAAGAUUGAAGUUAGAUAUGAGCAUCUGUCGAUUGAAGGAGAUGUGUAUGUUGGGAGUAGAGCACUGCCUACUCUGCUUAAUGCCACCUUGAACAGCAUAGAGAGUGUUCUGGGUUUGAUUCGUCUUUCUCCAUCAAAGAAGAGAAAGAUCCAGAUACUUAAACAUGUCAGUGGAAUAGUCAGACCCUCUAGGAUGACCCUGCUUUUGGGUCCUCCAGGUGCAGGUAAAACAACAUUGCUGUUGGCACUUGCAGGGAAGCUUGAUGACGAUCUGAGGGUAUCUGGGAACAUCACUUACUGUGGUCAUGAAUUCAGUGAGUUUGUUCCCCAGAGGACAUGUGCUUAUAUCAGUCAACAUGAUCUCCACUACGGAGAAAUGACAGUGAGGGAGACAUUGGAUUUUUCCGGACGAUGUUUGGGUGUGGGGACUAGAUAUGAAAUGUUGGCUGAACUUUCCAGAAGAGAAAAGGAAGCAGGAAUCAAGCCAGAUCCUGAGAUUGAUGCAUUCAUGAAAGCCACUUCAGUUUCAGGCCAGAAGACUAGUUUGGUCACAGAUUAUGUUCUCAAGAUUCUUGGUUUGGAUAUCUGUUCUGAUAUCAUGGUUGGUGAUGAUAUGAGAAGGGGUAUUUCUGGUGGCCAGAAAAAGCGUGUCACAACUGGGGAAAUGUUGGUAGGACCAGCAAAGGUGCUAUUGAUGGAUGAAAUUUCAACAGGGUUAGACAGUUCCACAACUUUUCAGAUAUGCAGGUACAUGAGGCAAAUGGUACAUAUAAUGGAUGUGACAAUGGUCAUCUCUCUUCUUCAACCAGCACCAGAGACAUUUGAGCUGUUUGAUGACCUUAUCUUACUUUCAGAAGGUCAGAUUGUGUACCAAGGUCCGCGUGACCGUGUUCUUGAGUUCUUUGAAUACAUGGGUUUCAAAUGCCCAGAGAGGAAAGGAGUUGCUGACUUUCUGCAAGAAGUAACAUCAAAGAAGGAUCAAGAACAAUACUGGUUCAAGAAAAGUGAACCUUACAGAUACAUUGAUGUUGCUGAGUUUGUUGAGUGCUUCAGCAAUUUCCAGUGUGGCCAACAGAUUGCAUCGGAACUUGGGGUUCCUUAUGAGAAGUCAAGAGCUCACCCAGCUGCAUUAGUCAAAGAGAAAUAUGGUAUUUCAAAUUGGGAACUGUUCAAGGCUUGUUUUGCAAGGGAGUGGCUUCUAAUGAAGCGCAAUUCUUUUGUGUAUGUAUUCAAGACCACUCAGAUAACAAUCAUGUCUGUAAUUGCCUUCACAGUGUUCCUUAGAACUCAAAUGCCAGUGGGCACUGUACAAGAUGGAGGGAAGUUUUUCGGAGCGCUGUUUUUCAGUCUGAUCAAUGUCAUGUUCAAUGGAAUGGCAGAACUGGCAAUGACUGUUUUCAGGCUUCCUGUGUUUUAUAAACAGAGGGAUUUCUUGUUUUAUCCUGCUUGGGCUUUUGGAUUACCCAUUUGGGUCCUUAGGAUCCCCCUAUCUUUUAUGGAAUCGGCAAUAUGGAUUAUUCUCACUUAUUACACCAUUGGAUUUGCUCCAGCUGCUAGCAGAUUUUUCAAACAGUUUUUGGCUUUUUUUGGCAUACAUCAAAUGGCACUGUCCCUCUUUCGGUUCAUUGCUGCUCUUGGAAGAACACAAACAGUUGCAAAUACUCUCGGUACCUUUACCUUGCUUAUGGUGUUUGUCCUGGGAGGAUUCAUUGUUGCCAAGAAUGACAUUGAGCCUUGGAUGAUAUGGGGCUACUAUAUAUCUCCUAUGAUGUAUGGACAAAAUGCAAUUGUCAUGAAUGAAUUCCUCGAUAAAAGAUGGAGUGCGCCAAAUACAGAUCCAAGAAUUAAUGCACCUACAGUUGGGAAAGUCCUCCUUAAGUCCAGAGGAUUCUUCACAGAUGAAUAUUGGUUCUGGAUAUGUAUUGGAGCACUAUUUGGAUUUUCUCUUCUUUUUAACAUCUUAUUCGUUGCAGCAUUGACAUUUCUGAAUCCUCUUGGAGAUACGAAAGCUGUUACAGCUGAUGAAGAAAGUGAAAAAAAGAAGAAAAAGUCAUCAACUGAAGAAAAUUCAGGUCUCGAUAUGGCAUUGAGAAGUUCUUCAGAGAAUGCACCAACGAAAGGAAUGGUUUUGCCCUUCCAACCCCUUCCACUUGCAUUUAACCAUGUGAACUACUACGUUGAUAUGCCAGCUGAAAUGAAGAGUCAAGGAAUUGAUCAAGAUCGCCUUCAGCUUCUGCGAGAUGUCAGUGGUGCUUUUAGACCAGGAGUAUUGACAGCACUUGUAGGUGUCAGUGGUGCUGGAAAAACAACUCUUAUGGACGUCUUGGCUGGGAGAAAGACGGGUGGUUAUAUUGAAGGGACCAUUAACAUCUCUGGUUAUCCAAAGAACCAAGAAACAUUUGCUCGUGUUAGCGGUUAUUGUGAGCAGAAUGACAUCCAUUCCCCACAUGUAACUGUGUACGAAUCUCUGCUGUAUUCAGCCUGGCUCCGUCUUUCUUCAGACGUAAAGACCCAAACAAGAAAGAUGUUUGUUGAGGAAGUGAUGGAGUUGGUUGAGCUUAAUCCCAUUAGAGAUGCUCUAGUCGGUCUUCCUGGACUAGAUGGUCUUUCAACAGAACAAAGGAAGAGACUAACCAUAGCCGUGGAGCUGGUAGCCAACCCCUCUAUUAUUUUCAUGGAUGAACCAACAUCUGGACUUGAUGCCAGGGCUGCUGCCAUCGUUAUGCGUACUGUGAGAAACACGGUGAACACUGGAAGAACUGUUGUCUGCACUAUUCAUCAGCCAAGCAUAGAUAUUUUUGAAGCCUUUGAUGAGGUAUCACUCAACCUCCUAGUCUUUCUGCUUCUGAUGAAAAGAGGAGGGCAAGUUAUAUAUGCUGGACCUCUAGGUCGCCAAUCUCACAAGCUUGUAGAAUAUUUUGAAGCCAUUCCCGGGGUCACUAAGAUUAGGGAUGGUUACAAUCCUGCUACAUGGAUGCUUGAGGUUACUGCUCCUUCAGUUGAGACUCAACUGGAUGUGGACUUCGCAGACAUUUAUGCCAACUCCUCACUUUACCAGAGGAAUCAAGAGCUUAUCAAAGAGCUCAGUACUCCGGUGCCAGGGUCCAAGGAUCUCUACUUCCCAACCAAAUACUCCCAACCAUUUUCUGUUCAAUGUAAAGCUUGUUUCUGGAAAAUGCAUUGGUCUUAUUGGAGAAACCCCCAGUACAACGCUAUCAGGUUCUUCAUGACAAUAGUCAUCGGUGGUUUAUUUGGUCUUAUCUUCUGGAACAAGGGACAACAAACAACCCAGCAACAAGAUCUGAUGAAUCUUUUAGGAGCCAUGUAUGCUGCUGUGCUAUUCCUUGGAGCUACCAAUGCUUCUGCAGUGCAAUCAGUUGUCGCAAUUGAAAGAACAGUUUUCUAUCGUGAAAGGGCGGCUGGGAUGUACUCUGAACUUCCUUACGCAUUCGCUCAGGUGGCCAUAGAGACAAUCUAUGUGGCGAUUCAAACUAUUAUCUACACUAUGAUCCUCUACUCUAUGAUUGGCUUUGAGUGGAAGAUAGCCAAAUUCCUCUGGUUCUACUACUACAUACUUCUGUGCUUCAUCUACUUCACAAUGUAUGGGAUGAUGGUUGUUGCACUCACUCCAGGCCACCAGAUUGCUGCAAUCGUUAUGUCCUUUUUCCUCAGUUUCUGGAAUUUGUUUUCCGGGUUUCUCAUUCCAAGACCACAAAUCCCAAUCUGGUGGAGGUGGUACUACUGGGCUUCACCUGUGGCUUGGACGCUUUACGGCCUUGUGACCUCUCAAGUGGGUGACAAGAAUGCUGAUCUUGUGCUACCCGGAUAUGGCACUACGCCAUUGAAGAGUUUCCUCAAGGAUCAGCUGGGUUUUGAUUAUGACUUCCUACCGGCUGUCGCGGCUGCGCAUGUUGGCUGGGUUCUCCUUUUCUUCUUUGUGUUUGCAUAUGGAAUCAAGUACCUCAACUUUCAGAGGAGAUAACCAUGCAUCUUGACACUGCUGCUACAAAUAUGAGACUCUUAGGACAAUACAAUAGGAUAGCAUCUGUGUAAAGUGGUCCAUCUUGUGCAUUAUUACAUUCUUUGGUCCUGGUUUUCCACCAAUGCAGCUAUACUUGAACUAUUUUAGGGACACAAAAUAUCUUUGUUGUUUUUGUUUCUCAGACAAUUACUAAAGUGAUUUGAUGCAAAAUAAUAAUCAUUCUUUGGUCC